AUGAAUCCAAAGGCAGCGCUCCGGCUGCGGCUGCUCCAACACCAGCCUAAUACUUCUCGAUGCCACGGCUAUGGCAGCCUACCUCCUUCGAAGCGACGUUGCUUCUCCCACUUCACUCCGGCUCCGUCCCCGUCGCUCGUUCACCGGAUCCAUGCCCAUACUCAAUACCCAGUCGAGAUCCCGGACCAGCUAGGCCAAAGUGCGAAGGAGAAGGAGGAAGAUAAAGAAUUCUUCCUCGAUCUCCUAAGCUCGGCAACUACAAAGCGUGAAGCCAAGUCAUAUCUGUCCCGGUUUUCACCCCAACCACCACCCAGCAAUGCACAGCAGGAAGAUAGGGUCUCGACCAACCCCCAAGCAGCAGACACUGGGAGAAAAUACACAGAAGUGUCUAUAACAAGCUCCACCGGAGAAAAACUAUCACCCACAUAUGAUAUAUCAAAGCCCAAGGACACAAUUACUGAAAGCUUGCAUGUUGCUCUCGUGAAAAUCAAAAACCCGGAGUCACUAGACGAGCAAUGUCUCCACGGUAUUUCCAAGACUCUGUCACAACUAAGCAGGCUUUCUAUGUGCUGCUGCAUUGUAUUAGAAGUGAAUACCCCUGGAAAUGACAUUGACUACCGGAAGCUUGCGUCCACCCAAGCCAGUCGCAUUGCAGCCAGAAUUGAUAAAGUUCACAGCCCAGGUGCACGGCGACUAGAUUCUGCAGUGUCUCUAGAUCCGUCUACACAUGAUGUCUCCAUUCUGUCAAGGAAUUUCCUUCUUUCGCCCCUUUCUCGUGGCCAGAUAGUGGUGAUUGACCCCGUGGGGUACACAAACGAUACGUCGAAAGCUCUCCCAGUUGCAGCAGAUGAGAUCAUAUUGGCAUUAACAAAGGAGCUAGCUGGUUUAUCUAGCAAGUUUGGCCUAAGUGAGGCUUCUGCUGACACGGUCCAAAAUGUUCCGCAACCACAAAGGGAUAUAUCAAUUGAAAGAUUGAUCAUUCUAGACCCACUGGGUGGUAUUCCGUCCCUAGGCCGUGGACUGCAUAAAUCUCAUGUGUUUAUUAAUCUUGAACAGGAAUAUGAAGAUAUACAAAACGAGAUAACCCAAGCAAUCCCUAACCCGCCAGAAUCAGCUCACAGUGGACUUCAGGCCGAGUUGGAAGGCCAUCUGGCUAACCUAACCUUACUACAGAAAGCACUUGCUCUCCUCCCUACCUCUUCCUCCGGCCUUAUUACCACUCCUCAAGGCGCAACGACCUUACCUCUAAAUCAUAAUGGCAUCUAUGGAACCCCAGCCGUGGGUACUCGCCAGCGGCGGAAUCCCUUGAUCCAUAACCUUCUCACAGACAAACCUGUUCUUUCGGCUUCACUGCCUGCCAGACGCCGUGGUGGGGAAAAGUGUGAUAAUGACCCUAACAGUCAACCGUCCCAUCCUACUUUUGUGAAGCAUGGUAUGCCACUUAUCAUGAUCCCUGACCCCCGGGUUAAAUGCUGGACCGCAGCGCACAACGACGGCUCCCGCAUAAAUCUAGACGAUCCUGCAAUAGAUCUGCCACGGCUAGUCCAUCUCAUUGAUGACUCGUUUAACAGAAAGCUUGACGUCAAACAUUAUUUGGAUCGUGUGAAGGAUCGGUUAGCGGGCUUGAUUAUUGCCGGGGAGUAUGAAGGGGGAGCAAUUUUAACUUGGGAGCUCCCUCCAGGUGUCCCUGAUGACGGUAGUCCUGAAAGCAUGUCCCGAAUGGUUCCUUAUCUGGACAAAUUUGCCGUCUUAAAAAGAAGUCAAGGGGCAGGAGGUGUUGCUGACAUCGUAUUUAAUGCCAUGGUGCGAACCUGCUUUCCAGAAGGUGUUUGCUGGCGAAGCCGAAAAAAUAAUCCUGUCAACAAAUGGUAUUUCGAGAGGUCGAGAGGGACAUGGAAACUCCCAGACUCUAAUUGGGCAAUGUUCUGGACUACCGACAAUGUCCCAGAGAAUGAGCAACUUUUUGAAGAUUAUGAGAGUGUCUGUCGCUCAAUUCAACCGAGCUGGGCAGAUAAUAAAAAAGAAGUGGAUUGA